AUGGUUUGUGAGUUCAAAGGCAACAACCUACUAUGGUUUGUUGCAAAGCUGGAAAUACCUAACUAUCUCACCAUGUGCGAGGAUUCGUGUUUCUGCGUCUGGCUCGUUCUUGCUGUACCAAACCAUGCUUCCCCUUUCACCCUGCAGGCCCAUGGUCUGAGCACUUCUGAGCCUGAUCUCUGGAGGAAUGGCCUUCUGAGCAAGUUUGGGAGCUUCGCUUGGCGCAAGCAGAAGAGCAGCCACCUUGAAUUCCCAGUGCAUCCUGGGAGCCCAAAAAACUAUCCUCGGCCUUUGGGGCGGCUUCACAGGCCAGCUGUUGGCAGUGAUUCAGAUAUGAGGAGAAGGUAUGACUUCUGUCCUUCUGCAAGCCAUGCUGCAGGACAGGAGAGACCUGAGUUGUCUUUUCAGACUAGCAAAAUAGACUCUGUGAGCACCAGGCCACUUCCAUCAGCAUCUUUCAACUCUUUGCUAUGCUGGGGAAAUGGGAACUCUUGGGACUCAAUCGUCUCUAAUUCUUCUCUGCAUGACCUAACUUCCCCCCAAUUGAAAGACGAUGCUUUCAAACUUCUCUUGGCACAGGAGAAAACCAGCAGUACCUUAGAGUCUCUCUCAGAGUGGACUGAAAGUGAAUUUGAAGGACAUUUAAGCCCACAGGCUUCUUGUCCAAUUGGAACUGGAGAGCUAGAGAACCUGAGCCUCAGAAGCAGCCUUGGAGAGUCCAUCUCUGGGGACAUCAGUGAGACAGAGGGAUCCAGGACCACCACCUCAAGCCUGGAUGGGAAAUGGCCUCCAAAAGUAGGGGGGGACGACAUCUCUGCUUUCAAAACCAGCCAGGCCGAGACUGCCCCAAAGAUCCUCUAUGAGAUCUUGAUCACUCUGACCAAGGAGGAAGAGGACAGUAUAGUGGGUGCAAUGCCAUCAGCUCACUGCAGCAAGAAAGGACUAGAAUGCCACUCGUCUAGGGAGGAAACACUUUCUCCAGGGGUUGCUGAGUUAGAGAAAACAGAAGACCAACGUCACCGCCAAGAACCAGCUCAACCGGCUCCCCAGCUGUCAAAGCUCAAGGAAUUCCAAAACUGCACUGAGCCGCACGGGGUGGGAACCUUUAAGGCGUGCAGGCUGAUACUGAGUCCUGCCACUGGGAGACAGGUGACACCACAGUGGGGAUCUGAGCCCAGCCCAGGGCAGCGUAAGGACCAGAGUGCAACAGAUCAGCUGCAUUCGGGGGAUGGCGAGACAGCUGAGGGGACAGGCACCGUAGCACCUGUAUCUUGGGCAGACAGCUUCUCUGAACUGCAUGAAAUCCCUCCAGGGGCAAACAGCCAGGAGAUCCAGCCUGACAAACUGCGCAGCAUCGGACAACGCAACAUGGAGAAAGUUUCAGGCGGCUCACGCUUCUUUCAGGGCAGGGCAGGAGGGUCCAUCACAAGCUCCUCAUUCAGUUGGAAGAAAGCAGCCGCUGAUCCACCCAGAGAAGAAGUCAAACCUCCCCUCAGCAAGGCGUCCGCAAUGGCACAGAUGAUAGAGAAAGGAACCCCCAGGGCCAGCAGUCCCUCCAGAGUGUCUGUUCUGCUUGAGGCCUGGGAGAAGGGGCUGGUCGGAAUGGAACCUGCUGCACAACCUUCCUCUACAAGCACUCGGCGCUCCCGUUCUCCGAUCCCAAGCAACCCCUUUCUCCAGCCAAUAUAA